CUGGAUCAGCUCCCUGGGUAGGCAGAGCAGUUUCUUUAUAUCAGCUGUUUGUGCUGCUCAUUAUUCCUCUUAUUCUUAGCACUGGCUGCUACCAAGCUGUUAUCAGAGUUCUUUGGAGAUCUGUCAGGAAUGUACAUACUAUGAGUAACUGUUCAUCUCUACGGAACGGGCACAGAGCUCGUUGCUACAGCUUCAGACCAACCAAUACGAACAAUGUACAGACAGAUCAACCAAGUUCCUCUGCAUCAGUUGGUUCCCAGCAUUCUCAGGAAGGAAUCAAGAUGUCUCUCACUGCAGUCAGAGCUCAUCGGCUAGGUAAACAGUUAGGUGACCAAUCUCUCCAGCCGCCGACCACAACUGGUACACCAGCUACCCAGGCCGGGCAGCAGACGGGUAAAAGGUCAAGUCAACCUGACCAGCCCAACCAGCCGUGUCAGUGCAACCAGGGCUGGCUGGCUGCACAGAAAAUAAACAAUGGACGAAAGAAUAUUAUCAAGCUUCUGAUCCUAAUUCUGGUGAUGUAUUUCCUCUGCUGGGGAACCUGGCUAACUGCUAAGUUGAUUAUGUGGUGGGCUGGAAAUACAUCUCUACCCUAUAGUCCAGCAUUUUACAGGUUUUCCGUAAUUGCUAAACAUCUCCCAGCAAUACACGCUACAAUUAAUCCAAUUAUUUACAGUAUUAUGUCUGGGAACUUCAGAAAACAACUCUGUAUUUGUAGAACUGAGGAGCCAUAAAUCAUAUAAGGCUCGCGAGAGGAAAAAAUCCACCGAAAUAUUUUUUUUUAUGUAUAGUAUUUGACCAAUAAUACUCCGAAUAUGAAAGACGACAUUUUAUCCAUCUUGAUGUGCAUUUGAUGUUGUUAUUAAACAAAUAUUUUUACAAGUAGUCUAAAAAUAAAAAAAAAUAAGUUAGAUGGGUUUGUGUAUAAACUGCACAUUGCACAAAUGCUUCAUGUUCACUCAACUAUUUAAAAUCAGAAUCUGAAAGUCGUCUUCCUAUUCAACAAAUAUAAAGGUCUCACUGUGCGAAAACCAACAUCAUGUCCUCCAUGUUGCAUUUCCUUAAAAAAAAAAAAAAG